UCCUGACACACUCUAAUACUUAGUCCACGAUGUACCGACUGCUGCUGGCUGUAUUGGGAUUAGCAAACUUUCCCUAUAUUCGCACUUGCUGCUCCCCAGAUGUGCUCCAAGGCACUGCCAUGUAUUAUGGAUAUAUUGUCAAGGAACAAAAGCCUUAUCAGAAUAUGAUAAAAUUUUACUACGACGCGGAUGAAAAGAAAAUAGCAAUGAUAACGAACACCAUGGGGAAUAUGACAGAUCAGGUUAGAGACAUAUACGACUACUCAGCUAGAAAACGUUACGUCAUAACCAACAACAACACCUGCAACGUAACGGAACUAGAAAAUCCCUUCGAAAAGAUCUGUGUUCCCUCUAGCGCAAAUUUUAUGGGUUCCACUAACCUUGGGAAUAGCAAGGCUAAUAUGAGCGUCGAUAUGUACAGAAUGAAUGUUAAAAAGGGCAAAAUGUCUGGCCAGGCAGAUAUAAUGGUGACACCGAUGGAGGGGGGCGAGUGUACCUUGGUAGGAGUGGUGAUGAACGGGGAAAAGAAUGGAGAUUUCCAGAUGACAGAAACGUCUAUUUAUAUGAACUUUACGUUUGAAAUACCCGACAAAUCUGUAUUCGAACCACCGAAACAAUGCUUUAAGCACAAUAAAAUGGAAAGCAUCCUCUUCGAAGUUUUAGGAGGAAUUCGAAGAGAAAUUUUUAUUUGGUAGAAUCCAGAAAAAAAACUUUGGUUUCAAAAUCAUUUCAAGGCUACUGAAAACGAGACACAUUUCAUGAAUAUAUUGGUUGAACCAGUUCUUGAGUAAAGGAAAUAGUGAAAGAAAGUGUUUAAAAUCCGGCCAUUGUGAUGUACACGUAAAUUAUGCAGCUUUUCCGAGACCUAUAAGAAGACACUGAGCAUAAACUGUCAGAACUGUCUAAAUGUAACCCCCCUCCCCUCCCCCCCCCCCAAAUAAAAAAAAAAAACUACCGAUAAUAAUUGUAGACUGUUGUACAUAAAUUUAAUAGUUCAUGUUGUUCCUGCAUUUAUUAAUAUAUAUAUGGAAUGGGAUAAAUUCUGAUUAAAAUUAAUCUUCA